UUAAUUUUCCCUCCUUUUCAAUUUAAGAAAUCGAUUUAUUAUCGAUAGGCGGAGAAGUUGAUGUGGCAACCUUUCUAUUUUCAAAGCAGCUGAUUGUAUAUUUCCGCGUAAAUUGGUUUGAUUUUAUAUUUUUUUUAUUUUUUAAGUUUAUACCACAAGUUUAAAAUGAAAAUCCUCUGUGAGGUGCAAGUGGUGAAUCGUGUGACCCAAGCGAAUCGCACCCCGCGAGCGGUUAAAUCCACUUUGGCCAUAGGCUACAAACAGAGCGCCCUGGAUUCAAAUGGGAAUACAAAAAAGGAACUGGAAAUGAUAUUAUUCACGCCACAAAUCAAGACUGGGCAGCGUUACAAGGUCAAGGAUAAUAUCCAAGCGGUUCACACGAAAUUCGUGGCGGACGGCAAAGCAACAAUUGGAUUCAAGCAGCCGGCAGAAAAUCUAUUGAUAAAAUGUGAUACCAUUCAGCUAAAGGGAUUCCUGCAGACACUUAAACUGGGCAUGGAGGGCAAGGACGCUAUCAAUUUGAGACUGAAUAUAGCCACUGCCACGGCCAUUACACAAAAAUCAAAGUCACAGACUAAAAUGACCAUUAAUCGUCGCUGCGAUUAUCCUAUCAAGGGUUUUCCACGAUCUCUGCAGUCUCUGACAAUCAAUAAUAGUCAAUUGGUUAAGCUAAGUUUCGAGAUAUGCUCGUUGCGUAAUUUAACCCACCUGGAUGUGGCCAACAAUCAGCUUACGAAGAUACCCGUGGAGUUGGGACGUCUGCCCCUGACGAAACUCGUACUUCUUGGGAAUUGUCUGGCAGAACUGAACGAUUGGUCAUUUCUAAAUGGCAUCAAAUUGAGUCAAUCUCUUUGUGAAUUGGAUUUAUCUGCCAAUAAGCUGACUUACUUACCUUUGUCUGUGGUUAAAUGUCAAAACCUGGUUCAAUUGAAUCUAAAUCACAAUAAUCUAACAUUUUUACCCUUUGCCAUGCGACGACUGAAGAAAUUGCACUCGCUCUAUGUAUCGGAUAAUAAAUUGGAAUCUCUGCCAGCUGCCCUAGAAGACUUACACAUUAAUACCCUAGAUGUUUGUGGCAAUGCAUUUAAGGGACGCAAUGAUCUGGAUGUUCAACGUCUCGAGGGCACCACUGAGACAAACACAAGGACCCAAUGCUCCCCUCAGCCUCUCUGGCUGCAAGCAGCUCGUUCAGUCGACCAAUAUAAACUGCCUAUAUACUCACUACCUGCCAUACUGAUCAAAUUGAUAGCCGAGACACCAAAAUGUGUUUGUGGCAAAUUUUGUUUUCUCAUGGACUCGCAAAAUAUCUAUAAACGCAUACGCUCUGCCAAAUUUGAACGAAUCAAGAAUUAUAGCUACAGUCCAGAUCAGUUUAUAUAUGUUGAUAUUGUCAAAUGUGGGUAUUGUAAGAAUGUUAAAUCAUGCGCAUGAUAUUGCCUGGUGUCAGUUGGAAUAUUUUAUUUAUUUUUUUAGUAUUAUAAUUCUUAAUAAAGUCUGAUCUAAAUGAGAA